AUGCACUUUCGAAUAUGUAGAGACUCCAACACUCACUUCCCAUCGCCUGUAUUGCUACCCGUUCUCCCCUGCUCCCGUUCUCUCAUGCUCAACUUCUCCCCCCUUUGCUCUCCCCUCUCACCCUUCCUCUCUCCCCUUCCCCCUACCGCAACUUUCCUCCCCACAUCCCUCUCCCCCUUCUUUCGCUCUUCCCUCUCCCAAUCCCUCUUUCCCUCCACCCCCUUCAUCCCACCCCCCCUCCGUCCGUCCGUCCCUUCUGCACGCACCUCCUGUGACACCGAAGAGGAGGAAGAGGAGGAAGAGGAGGAAGAGGAGGAAGAGGAGGAAGAGGAGGAAGAGGAGGAAGAGGAGGAAGAGGAGGAAGAGGAGGAAGAGGAGGAAGAGGAGGAAGAGGAAGAGGAGGAAGAGGAGGAAGAGGAGGAAGAGGAGGAAGAGGAGGAAGAGGAGGAAGAGGAGGAAGAGGAGGAGGAGGAGGAAGAGGAGGAGAGAAGGAGGUUUUGUUCCAGCAGCUCCUUCUCAACCAUCGCCGCGCUCACCCCCUCAAACGGAUUCCCCCCUUCGGCGGGUUCCGCCCUCCCCCCCGCCGCCUUCCCUUCCGCCUGCCCCUCCGCGCGCGCCUUGGCCGCGCCCAGCAGGCGCGACAGCUGCGCCUCGCAGCGCCCCAGCUCCGCGAACAGCCCCGCCGUGCUGGCGGAACUGCGCACGUCCGCGUCCGUGCGCGCAAGGAGAAUGUCGCUGAAACGGGGAAGAGGGGGGGGGAGGGAAUCGGCGCCGAGGGGGGGAACCGGCGCGGGCGGAGGGGGAGGGCACCGGGAGCGGGAGUCGCGGGGAGGGAAGUUUGGCGCGGGAAGCGGAUGGAGGAGAGGGAAGGGCGGACGGGGAAGCGGAAGGGGGGAAGCGGAAGGGGGGAACGCAGGGCAUAAGCGCUAA